AAAAAGAUAGACCGUAAGGAAUAUCCGGAUAAUGAAUCAUUUGAAUCAGAUCUUGAUUUAAUGUUUGAGAAUGCCAAAAAAUAUAAUGUGGAAGGAGACAAAUACGUUAAAACUAAAGAAGGUAGUGAAAUGUAUAAAACAUUCGACAAGAUUGAGCAUAAUGGUGAAACGUAUAAUAUAGUGCAAGAUGUUUUAGGAAAAUGUUUUGUCUUGCAAGUUAAAGACUAUGUCAAAGGACGGCCAAAAGGAAGUGAGAACAAGUCAGUUUAUGUAUGCGAAUCAAGAUAUAAUGAAGGCAGCAAAGUUUUUAAUAGAAUAAAGAAUUGGCAUCAUGUAAUGCCCAAAGGAUUUGACUUUAAAAAAAUUGAACUUGAUAAAUACGAGACGCCGGUUACAUUGAGAAAAACGGAGAGUCCAUUAGCAGCUGAAUGGUUAGCUGCACAUGACAAGGUAGACGAAUCACAAAAAUUAGAAACAUCUGAAUUUGAACAGACGUCAACACCAGUGUCAGUAUCAGAAUCGGCAUCUACAACAAUGACACAAACAGCAACACCUAAACCUAUAAGUAUGAAAAGGCAACAAACAGUCAACCAGUUAACCGAUAAUUUAAGUCCACACCCAAUUGUACCUUCACAGUUUCCUUCUAAUGUACAACCGCAGUAUAACCAUCAGUAUCCAAUGACGCAAAUGAACCCAUCUAUGAUGAUGAUGAUGGGAAGACAUGGCUAUGGAUAUGGUGCUCAUUAUCAACAUCCACAAUCGCAGCCUAUGUUGAUUUCUCCUCAGUAUGUACACCCACAUCACUAUCCAACGAUGUCAUCACCGGCCACACAUAACAUGACGACUCAGAUUCCGGCAACUUCUAAAGCAAUGCCCAGAUCUUUUCUAAAACGAACAACAUCCAUUGUAUCUAACAAUAAUUCAACUCAAAGCUUUGAGUUGCCUUCAGAAACAACCGAGCAUUUUGCACGUGACGACAAAGGAAGAAUGCUUUGGUUUGUUACUCCACCAAUAGACGUAGUACCAUUACCACGACCUGUACAUUCAAUAGAAUAUCUUUGUAGACAAGAAGAAAUUAAAAAGCUGGAAAAUUCAUUUGAUAGCAAAUAUACAUUUCAUAAAAUUGAAGUAAUUGAACAUUUUCCUAAUCCCGAUCGGGCCCGUGCUUUACUUGAGAAGUUACGAGAUGAUCGAGGCAUCCGUGGAAUUAUGUCACACUAUAAAUGGAGAUUUAACAAAAAUAGUGGACAAUUAAUUUCUUUAAGAUUACGUACGGAUGAUAUGCAGGGGUUUAGACAUUACCCUGAAAUAAGACGUGUCUUGCUACACGAACUCACGCAUAAUGUUUGGAGCGAACACGAUGAUAAUUUUCAUCGUUUGAACAGGCAAUUAAAUAAAGAUGUUGGUAAUGCAGAAUUUUAUAAUCCACCAGAGGAAGAAAAAAUUGAUGCACGCUUGUGGGAAGGCGGUACAUAUGUACUAGGUGGAAAUUCAACCCGUGCCAAUGUUCUAUCAAAGCGGGAACUCUUAGCGGAGGCUGCUUUGAUCCGACUAACAAAAGAAGAAAAGGAAUUAACUGAAGGAUGUGGUUCUCACAGGCAAUUAGAUGAAUCUCAUGAAAAAUCAAAUCAACCCGAUAAUAGUUAA